UGCAGUCUAGUGCAGGAACAGAAAACAAGCCUAGUGGCGUAGCUGGAAAGCACCCAAAUUCUCCACAGAAAUUCCCCAUAACGCGAAAAGAUGAGGAAAAAUGGAGAAAAAUUUCGCUAAUAUGGCACCACUGACUCCUCUCGCUUUUAGGCGCGUAAAUACACAAUCGUACACAAUGUCGGAUGUGACUGGAUCACUGGAUGUGAUAAGGAAAAGAAACUGUAUGAAUAGAUUCUAUUCCGUUAUAUAUAAUUCUUAUUUUGGUUUCGCCGGGAAAAUCUCACGUUUUUUGAUGUGAUGGCGAAUGUUCAUUCUUCGGCGAUCGCUGAUCUUACAGAAAUUUACUCUAGCAAGAAAGAUUUUAGUGAGAGAAAUCAUGGUGAAUUGGAUAUCUUUAAAGAUAUUCGACAGCUUAAUGACGAAGUGGCGCACGAUCCAAAAGAUGGGGGAAAUAUCGAAGAAAACUUCAAUCACGUUGUUUGCAACGUUACGUCCAAUGAAGAAAACUGUUCCAACCAGAAAAUGGAAAGUAACGAAGCUUCUGGUGUCUUAGUCAACGAAAUUUACGCUAAAAGUUAUCAGACUUUAAUAGAUUCUGAAUCGGAGGAAGAAAAACAAAAUAAAACAGAAGAUAUGGAAACAACUAAGAAUAAUAAUUUUCCUCAAACGGUUCAUGAAAAUAUAAGCACUACUGCUGAAAGCUAUCGGGCUUUAAUAGACUCUGAAUCAGAAGAAGAAAACCAAAAUGAAGAAACUGAAAACAACACUUUAAUCGCAUCUGAAGAAACGACUGAAAGUAAGGAUACUAAAAAAAAAUUGGUUAAGAAGAGAAAGGGUUCUAUAAGAAAUGCUAAAGAUGAAGCAAUGCGUCAGAUAUACAGCGAGAACCAACGUUUAUUAAGAGAGACAGAAAUUUCAUUACCAUAUCACAGGCCGAAACAGCGUACGUUACAAGAAUUCUUGAAUAGAAGAAAAAUAUUAACUGCUCUUCCGAAAGCACCUUCGACAGCUGCGAAACUCAAGAUGUCCUCUGCGAUAGUAAGUCAGGUUCUCGCGGAAAAAGAAAAAGAAGCGGAACUCUUUUAUAAAUCCUCAGAUUCAGAAGAUGACAGUGUGCAGCAAUCUAUGUCCUGUGUUAACAAAGAUACAGAAAACUCUUUUAUUACAAAUGAGAGGAAGAAAACAUCUUUGAUAGAUAUCCAUCGUACAUGUAUUCAAGAUUCUAAAAAGAUCGAAGCGAGCAAUCUAGAUUUACAAGAUAACGAAAAAGUAAUUGUACAAAAUGAUCACUUAAAUCUUGAUCAUUUGUAUAAAGCGGAUCAUCAAAUUGUCGAGUUAUCUUCCUCGACAGACAAUAACGGCUCUCCAGAUGAUGGAUCGCUACACCAGAUAACAAACGAAUAUAAGCAAAAUCUUCCAAAACUUAAUAAUUUAUCAAGAAAAUUAUUUGAUACGUGUUUUGAAAAUGGAUUAAAUGACGCUUCUCAAGUAAAUCUCGAUAAACAAGAAGUGACUAAAGAAAUAGUUGAAACUAUUAUAACCUCUUUCAAUAAGAAAGAUUGUAUUAAUAAUGAGGAAAGCUUAAAAAUUAUGACAGAUAAUCAAUUAUUAAAAAUACAUUUAGUUGAUUCUGAGAUAAUUAAUGAAAAAGAUAAAAAUCUAGUUAUAGAAGCAACACAUUUUAAUAGCAUAAAUAAUAAAGAAAUAAUUAAAACAUAUCAAAGUGAUAAUGUUAUAUAUUCGAAUUCUGACGAUAGAAAAAAUGAAAAUGAAGAUAAGUGUGUCGAAACAAAUGAAGUAUUGUCAAUUAACGAUACUCAAUCAAAAAUUCAAGAUAAUUCUCCAUUAGACGAAUGUGGAAAGUCUGAAAGUCAUGUACUAGGUUUGCCGCUCCCAAAAUUUGAAGACGAAAUUUUAUCAAAUAGAAAAAUCUUACCAACAAUAUCUGACUCGAAAAUUACAUUAAGAGGUUCGCCAGGUAUGAUUAUCGAUCUAACAGAAGACGCAAAAGAUUUAAAAGGUGUAAGUACCUUAUUAGAUAGAUUUUUCUGUAAACAUGCUAAUUCGAAGAAACAGAAUGAUAAUAAAUCUGAAGUAACUGUGAUACAUUUACAAAAUACGCCGAAUGGUCCUCUUCCGAUUAAAGAAGUGCUCCCGUAUAAGGUGCCCGUUAAUGCUGAUAAUUCUGAAUUGAACAAGCCUGGAGCUAAAUUAAUGCGUUUGAAGGAAGAUCUGAAAUUACAGAUGACAUUGAAGCGUAACAAAGAGUGGAAACAGAAAGAAACAGAAUUGCAAGCACAAAAGAGAGAUGACUGGAAUGAGGAAGAAGAAAGCGAUUAUGAUUUAGACGAUCAGGAAGAAACAGAAUUGGGUUUAGAGUUAAGUGACAGCGAAGAAAGUGAACCCGAGGAAAACGACAUUUGCAUUAAGGAUAAGAAGAAGAGUAGGUGCCUAUUUGCAGAUGAUGAAGCUGAAGUUACGGACAAUGAAGAUUCGAGUGCAGAAGAGAAUGAUGCAGAUUGUGCGAAACGUAGUAAACGGUCUACAAGUUUCAAAUAUAGAAAAGAAGACAUGGAUGAAGAUGUAAAUGAGAUAGAAACCGAUGAAGAAGAGGAAGAUAAUAGUGAUGAUGAGGAAGAAAAAGAAAACGAAGAAAAUUUAGGUGCAAAUAUAGAGAACGAAAUUGAAUCUGAUUUUGAAGUUUGUAAGAACUCUAAUAUUUACAAAAAUAGAAAUGACAGAAAAAUGAGACGGUCAACAGAAGAGUUUCAAGACGACUCGAAUAUUAUAAAUCCAAGCGAUUUACAAGAUGAUAAUGAUAGUCAAUUAAAUAUGAUAAUAGAUGUAGAUGCAUCUGAAACACAUUGUGAAAAUAACAGAGUUGGUUGUUACCAAAGCCUGGAAAAUAAUGACUGGAUAAUGAGUGAGAAUGAAAGCAACACGUUCGUUUGUCAACAAGACGUGGAAGUCGCUACUAGAAGCCAGAUAUGUAAGACGCCGUUGACAAAGACGAGUAUGCUGGAUUUGGUUUCUCCUAUAACGCAAUUAAGUGUAUUAAAUACCACGUUGGAUUCCAGUAAGAAAGAUUCGUCAGAAAAGAAAACACGUUUAAUUGACAAACAUGGGUUUCUUUCCAUGGAAAAUACACAAAGCGACGAGUCUUCUGAACGUGUGUGUCAUAUUAGAAAUAAAGCUAUUUUAAAGAAGAAACUAUUCGAUGAUAUUAGAGAGACUAUCGAUGAUGAAUAUCUUAUGAGACUGUGUUCGGGAAAAUUUGAAUCCACGCAGAAAACUGAAUUAGAUUUAUCCUCGCAAUCCAAUAUCACCGAAUUGCAGUUACAUUCAAGUUCUGGAGAUUCUAACGCGAAACUAGUUAACGUUGAACAAUCAAAAAAUACCGAAAUAAACAAUAAACUAUUUCAAGAUAUUGUGUUAGAUGAAGAUUCCAAUAAUUCUACAAACCAUGCGGGGGAAAUAAACAAAAUCAGCGAAGUGCAUUCGGAAUUAAAAUUAAGAAUUUGUUCGUCGAGUGACGAGGAUGAAGAUAUGUUUGAAAAACCCAGAAAACGUCUGGUCAAAAGACUAAACUCUGAUUCGGAAGAGGAAAAUUCUCAAUUCUCUGACGAAGAAGACGUAACUGAAGAUGAUUUAGAUGGUGAAGAGGCAGAAGAAUAUGUCGAUUAUGAUUCCGAGGAGAAUGAAGUAGUAGUUGUACCAAAAAAGGAUAUAAAAAAAGUUGCGGCUGGUUUUUUGGAGGAAGAGGCGGAGUUAAGUGAAAGCGAUUGGGAUUCCGCCGAUGAGGACGAGAAGGAUUUGGAUAAAAUGGAGUUUGAAGAAGCUGACGAUGAAGACAUAGACGAGCACAAAGUGAAGGAUCAAUUGGAAAAGAUACAUAUGAAACAAAUACUGGAUGAGGAUAAGAGGGAAGUCAGAUUGCUUAAAGAGUUGUUAUUCGAGGAUGGCGAUUUACAUACUGAUGGAACAGGGCGUGAACGCAAAUUCAAGUGGAAGAAUAUAGAUAAAAUAGGAAAUACUGAGAUACAAAUGUGUGAUGAAAAUGAUGGUUGGGUGGACGUGCACGAAGAUGAGGAAGAAGCAAAGUGGAGUAAACUUAGACACGAAAGAGAAAAGUUUCUCGAGGAGAGAAUGAAAUGUUUAAAUAAUGAAAUAGAGGAUGAGUUGUGCGAUAGUCAAAUUUUUAAAUUUGGAUUGGAAGCAGUUAGAAAGAGCAAGGAUAACGAAUCACAAAAACAGGAUACUUCUCUCAACAAAGCAGAUUCAUCCGAGAAUAUGGAACCGAUUAUGCCGCGGAAUAUAACGGACCUUCUGAACGGACCAAAUGUUGGAAAGAAAUCACAGACGAUAUAUAAUGUCAUAAAAAAACGUUCACUCUUAACUCGAGGAGAAGAAUCAUUAGCAAGGAUAGCUUCCUUAGCAAAGCAAGGCGAUUGCAUUUCUCAUGCACUAAAUACAAGAAAUUUUGUCUUUCCACAUAUUGAUCAAAGUACAGAUAAUGUAAUUAUAAAAGAGAAUGAAGUAAUAGGAGAUAUAGACGCGCAAAUUAAGCCUGGCAAGAGAAAGAUGUCAAAUAGGUUGCCGAUAUCGAAAAAAAGGAAACAAUAGCUGUUUUUUUAGAAGAAAAAUAAUUAUUUUAUUUAUGUAACAUGUAAAGACUGUGGUUUUUAUAAUUAACAUCUUAAAUUUUAUAUAUAUAUAGAUGAAACGAUAAUGAAUCUAUUUUUGUUAAAAUAUAAUAUUUCUAAGAGUUCAUUAGAUGCACAAAAAUGUUAAUAAUGACGAUUAAGUGUUUUAUUUUUUAUGUAUAAAUAGCAAAUAUAUAUACAAACAAUCAAUAUAACAGAGAAUG